AUGACGCGCAGCAAAAAUUCAGAGAAGUCUGUUGAAGAAUUGGAAGACAAACUAACAGCCAUUAACGAUCAAUUGCAAAAGUUGAUGGAUGGAAUGAUGAUUAUAAACGAGCAUAAUGUACAAACUGACAAGGAAUUGUUGGAAUUGAAAGAGUAUAUGGGAGCUAUGAAUCAGAAAGGGAAGGAAAAGGAACAAGUUAGAGCAGAAUCUACUAAUGGUCGAGCUGGUUCAAUGGAGAUUCAACAAGAAGGAAGGAUCAGAGAUGUUUAUCAAGGUGCAACUGCUAAUGGUAACUUUUUUACUCGAUACUCUAAACUUGAAUUUCCUCGAUUUUCUGGUCAUGAUUUGAAGAAUUGGUUGUAUAAAGUCGAUCAGUUUUUCUCUAUGGAUGAGGUAGCAUUUGAUCAGAGGGUUAAGGUAGCUUCUAUUCAUUUUGAUGGAGAAGCUAUUGCUUGGCAUAGGUCAUAUGCGAAUUCUAGGAAUUCAGUGUUAGAACCUACUUGGACUGAAUAUGUACUGGCUUUAAAUGAACGGUUUGGGGAAGGAUUUGAAGAUCAUAUGGAAGCUUUAAAAAUUCUGCAACAAAUGGGUAGUGUUAAGGGCUAUCAAGCAGAAUUUGAUAGGUUGUUGACUGGGGUUAAUUUGUCUAAUGAAAAUGCAAUUAGUUAUUUUUUAGGUGGCCUUAAACCAGAAUUGAAUAAAGCUGUGAGAAUUCAAUCACCUAGAACAUUGCUACAGGCCUACAGAAUUGCAAGAUUGCAGGAGGAGGUGUUUGAGGCUCAAGCUCAGUCUUGGGGUCUCAAGCCUAUUAUGAGAACCAACAUUGGCAUAUUACCUAUCCCUAAUCACAAUAAACUCCAGUAUAACCAAAAAAACCUAUUACCAAACUCCACUAACAAAAAGCCUUUUGAACCUAACCUUACUAAGAACACUAGAAUUCCUGGUAGGAGGUUGAGCACAACUGAAAUGGAUGAGAGGAGGACGAAGGGAUUAUAUUUUUUCUGUGAUGAUAAGUAUGUACCAGGCCACAAGUGUAAGGGUAACAAACAACUAUAUUUAGUGGAGGUGACAGAAGAUGAAGAGGUGGAAGUAGAGGAACCAGAAGAUAUGACACAAGAAUUGCUAGUGGAUUCAAAUGAGUUCAUGGCCAUAUCUUUACAAGCAUUUACAUGUGCAACAGGUUAUCAGACUAUUAGAGUUACAGGAUACCAUAAGAAGAGGCCUUUACAAGUGUUGAUAGAUACUGGGAGUACUCACAAUUUUAUGGUUGAGGAAGUAGCUUCAAGAUUAGGCUGCAAAGCUUAUAUUGUUUUGGGUGUGCAAUGGUUGAAUACCUUGGGAAGGAUACUAUUUGAUUUCAAAAAGAGAACCAUUGAAUUCAUGUAUCAAGGAAAGAAGCAUGUUCUUAGGGGUGCAAAUGAACAACUUAAGGCUGCUAAAGCUAAAAGUUUGGUAAGGAAAGAGGGAGUAGAUGCACAAUUCUUCAUGAUGUCCUUAGUAGCCAGAAGAGAUGAACACACUUAUUGCCACAGUAUACAAGCUACACCAAGAGCUGAUCCCUUGCCAGACUUAACAGCUCUUAUUAAACAGUAUGCAUGUAUCUUUGAAUUACCUACUACUUUACCACCUCGCAGGGGGUCUUAUGAUCACAGAAUACCUCUUAAGGAAGCCUUUAAUCCUGUUAAUAAGAGACCUUACAGAUACCCUGGAAUCAAGAAAGAUAUAAUUGAAAAGUUGGUACAGAAAAUGCUAGAUCAAGGGGUAAUACAGCAUAGUACUAGUCCAUAUGCAUCUCCUGUAGUGUUAGUUGGAAAGAAAGAUGGUAGUUGGAGGCUUUGUGUGGAUUACAGGAGCUUGAAUCAAAAUGACUAUCAAAGAUAA